AUGUCCCAGCUGGUGGAAUGCGUCCCCAACUUUUCGGAGGGGAGGAACCAGGAGGUGAUCGAGGCCAUCUCUGGAGCCAUUACACAGACCCCCGGCUGCGUGCUGCUGGAUGUGGACGCAGGCCCCUCCACCAACCGCACCGUGUACACCUUCGUGGGGCCGCCGGACUGCGUGGUGGAGGGGGCCCUCAACGCCGCCCGGGCAGCCUCCCAGCUGAUCGACAUGAGCAGGCACCAAGGGGAGCACCCCCGCAUGGGGGCCCUGGACGUCUGCCCCUUCAUUCCCGUGAGGGGCGUCAGCAUGGACGAGUGUGUGCUCUGUGCCCAGGCCUUUGGCCAGCGGCUGGCAGAGGAGCUGGACGUGCCAGUGUACCUGUAUGGUGAGGCUGCCAGGACGGACAGUCGCCGGACCCUGCCGGCCAUCCGGGCCGGGGAGUACGAGGCCCUCCCUAAGAAGCUCCAGCAGGCCGAGUGGGCACCUGACUUUGGCCCCAGCUCCUUUGUCCCCAGCUGGGGGGCCACGGCCACGGGGGCGAGGAAGUUCCUCAUCGCUUUCAACAUCAACCUACUCAGCACGAAGGAGCAAGCCCACCGCAUCGCGCUCAACCUGCGGGAGCAGGGCCGCGGGAAGGACCAGCCAGGACGUCUGAAGAAGGUUCAGGGCAUCGGCUGGUACCUGGACGAGAAGAACCUGGCUCAGGUGUCCACCAAUCUCCUGGACUUUGAGGUCACGGCGCUGCACACGGUCUACGAGGAGACCUGCCGAGAAGCACAGGAGCUGAGCCUCCCGGUGGUGGGCUCACAGCUGGUGGGCCUGGUGCCCCUGAAGGCUCUGCUGGAUGCGGCCGCCUUCUACUGCGAGAAGGAGAACCUCUUCAUCCUGGAGGAGGAGCAGCGGAUCAGGCUGGUGGUGAGUCGGCUGGGCCUGGACUCCCUGUGUCCCUUCAGCCCUAAGGAGCGGAUCAUCGAGGAGACCGUGCACACUGCAAGGUCUGGCUGUGAGAGGGUGUUCGUAGUACGAGUCACAGCGUGGGGAUGGCUGUCCCUGCUCCGCCUGCAACUGUUGCAGACCCUCGUGCAGAGGACAGCCCGGGAGAGGGGCCGCAGACCCUCGUGCAGAGGACAGCCCGGGAGAGGGGCCGCAGACCCUCGUGCAGAGGACAGCCCGGGAGAGGGGCUGCAGCCAGGAGGCCUGGUCCGGAUAACGCGCCAGCCAGAAGCAAUGAGGCUGCCCAAGAACACACCUGAGGAAAAGGACAGGCGCACGGCAGCCCUGCAGGAGGGGCUGAGGCGGGCAGUCUCUGUACCGCUGACGCUGGCGGAGACGGUGGCCUCGUUAUGGCCGGCGCUGCAGGAACUGGCCCAGUGUGGGAACCUGGCCUGCCGGUCAGACCUCCAGGUGGCGGCCAAAGCCCUGGAGACGGGUGUGUUUGGCGCGUAUUUCAACGUGCUCAUCAACCUGAAGGAUAUCACAGACGAGGCAUUUAAGGACCAGAUCCACCAUCGCAUCUCCAGCCUCCUGCAGGAAGCCAAGACCCAGGCUGCACUGGUGCUGGACUGCCUGGAGACCCGGCAGGAGUGAUGGUGCCGGAGGCCUCUCCGGGCUCUGUGGCCCCCCCCUCGCCCAUCCCCAGAGGGCAGAGCUGUGACCUGGGUCGGGACACAGUUUGUUCGUGUGGGGCCCGGAGGAUAGGUGGGUGGGCAGGGGGGCAUCUCCCGGGAAUGGAGGUGCUGGUAGGAACAGGAGACCCCUUAGUCCCAUGUGCCCUCUAGUAAAGUCUUAGCGCCAAA